AUGGCUGUGCCUGCAGCGACCAUCGUCCAACCUACUUCUUCUUGUUCCUCCACCAAGCUCCCCAUUUACGGUGACCGCGGGCAGACGGCCACCCCCGAGAAGAAACACUACUCGGAGAAUCAGCUCACCUCACACCAAGUCAAUCAAAUUCUCCAGUCGUGUGAACACGAGUUCCGCGACCUGGAUGCAUAUUCCUCCCUGGUCCACCUUUGCACUGCUUCCACCACCGCCGCUGCCGCCAUUGCUGCUCAUCCUGUUGAUACUUCAGCCCUGACCGACACCCCCCGCUCUGCGUCACUGACUCAGUCAUCCUCAUCAGGCCCCAUCAUGCGGACCAUGCAAGGCCUGGAGCUGCCUCGAGCCACUGCCGGUGCGACUACGGCUGCUCAUCUUGCCGUUGAACCCAAGGCUUUGAGCACCAACGCCAGCAAUAGCACCAAUGCCCUCCCUUCCCUCGCGCAAUCCCGUGAACCCUUGGCUGUCAGCCACGCCACCACGUCCACCACAACCAACGCUUUCCUGACACUAAACCCCGCGUGCGGCGCCGCCGACAAUGCUUCCACUCCCUCCGCGUCAAACACCACCUCUGCGCUUGGUCAAGUCAGCCUUGGCCCCACCCAACUGCCCUCAGCCCCGGGCACAUUGUCAAGCAUGACUCCUACGCAGCUACAAGCGCGCACCUCCGAACCUGAAUUGGCCGGCUUGUUGGCCUCGGGUCAGACGGACGCCUUGCUAGAGCAGGCCGCUCCCGACUUUAGCGCCCUCUGCCAGUGGAUGGACAUUCAUCUCUCGCCGCGCCGCUCCGCCAGUGAGGCCGAAAGCACCGGGGCCGACUCCCCGUCCAAGCGCCAUAAGAACCACCCCUCUACAACGCUCGACUUUUCGACUGGGUCUCGUCUAUCACUCACGGAGCGCAGCCCGUCGCCUACCAGACCCUGGUCGGCUUUUUAUGCCCAGAACUCAGAGCAGAAUCAGACCCUGGUGACGCAGUCUCAGCCACGACACCAAGACCACCAGCGGCAAGCAUACCCAGGAUCCACGCAAGGCCCAGUUGUCCAGCUUCAUGGCAGCCCACAUCGUCCAUCACCCGUGCCUCCACCCGUCUUUGCCCCCCCUGUCGACAUGAGUCCUGCUCGAGGCAAUCGUUCAACAAGCUUGGGCGGCAACAACAGCCCUCAAAUCGUACACUCGCGCGAGUUGGCACCGUCCCAGCUGCAGCAUCUUCCCACAAGCCAGCCGUGGUCAGCACCAGCCCGCGUGCACAUGCACCAUAGCAGUCCCAUGCUGCUGCAUGACGGGUCCAUGACGCCAGAGCGCCACGUCCCUCGCUGCUUGUCAUCCGUGGAAUUGGAGCCCUUCCACCCGGCCAGCUCCCUUUCCUCGGCCUAUGGCCACGCCUCACCCGUGCAGCCUGGCAGCCACCCUGACAUGAUUGACAUUCUCAUCAUGGCCGACCAGCAAACCUGUCGCGUGACUUUUAUGACCAACGAUAACAACGACGCAGUCGACCGUGCCAUCGCCGUGGCGGUUGGCCGACGCCCUGGAACUUUUGGCCUGCGUGACGACCAGGGUUCUGUUGCCAUUUCUGCGCCCGUACUGCAAUUUCGCGGCGGCCCCUUUGAACUGAUCGAUUUCGAGGGUGAUGGACGCUCGCUGUCCAGGCUUGGCUCGCCCCAUACCCCACUGCGCCAUCGCCUGACCGCUUCCUCAGCAGAGGGAUUGCGGGCUCCACGCAUGGAGGACAUGUUGGGCUCACCAAUGUCCACGCGCUUGUCCAGCGAGCUGUCUUCGUUGGGCUCGGAAGGCGGGUCCCACAUUCAGAUUGUGCCGCCAACCGCGGCCCGCCUUGCCGCUCUCAACAGCGAAAACGCGGCGCUGCACAUACCGGCAAGCGUGUCCAGCUUUGCAGCCACGCCAGUAGAUGCAGCGGUAGCGACAUCCCGUAGCAAUGACGCUCUUUCCAAAGAAGAGGCCAAGGGCAUCAUUCAUGCUGUCGACGCUCGUCUCGAGCAGCUGGGCCUGUGCAGUCAGCGUCAAAAGACUUGUUUCCUGACACUGAUUGUGGCCUGCCAGUGCUGGCUCUCCUCUGUCACCAUUCAUGUUGCACUGAACGAACGAACGAACGAACGAACGACCAAACGACUAGGUGUCAAGAUCUCGCAGCAGCAUUAUAGCACCAUCAUCAAAUGCUUCAAGCGUGACGCUUGGACCGGCGGAAUUCGGGCUAGCUUUUCUUUGCGCAAAAUGCGAGUGUGCGUGUUGGACAUGAGCGACGAGGAGUGGAUGUCCAUGAAGCGCUAUCUGCCUCAGGUGCAUGCUGAGCUUCAACGUCGCCGCGAGUUUAAGCGCCAGAUGCGCGAGCAACAGCGAGCAGCGAGGCUGAGCACAGGUGCGCGAUUUGUGAAAGGUGGAAUGCAGCGCCAGGCGCGCCAGGCGCGUCAGGCUCGCCAUGUCGGCGAGAUGAAGCGUUCAGCCAACGGGCGCAACACCGGCGGCGCUUGGCCUGCCAAGCGUGUCUUGACGGCCGAUACCAUUGACAUCCAGCUGCUGAACCAGCUAUUGGCGCAACCACGCUCUAGCUGGGAUAUCAGGCUGCCACAGCCCCUGAGUGCGCAGCAACAGGGAGACCAAGCGCAGCAAGGCUGGCAGGUGGAUCAGGCCCAGCAUCAGCUUGCCCCUGCUCAUCCAAUCCCAAUGGCGCCGCCAGUCCAUGCCCGUCAUUCCCCACAGCAUCGUGCCUCGCUUGCGGCACCGCCUUCUGCACAGCCCAAGGCAGCCGCCAACUCUCGCUCCUCCACUUCAACACCUGCUCGCGCAACACCCAGCGCCGCAGCCGCGGCCACCCCCCAUGGUGGGCGCGGCUCCAAUUCAUCCGUCAAGUCGCGGCGCAAGAGCGACGUGGGUACCAUACUGCGCCCCCCAACUCCUCCCAAGGAUCCAGACAGUGGAGAACAUGUCAAUCCCAAAGAUCAUCUCCAAUGUCUUGAAACCGCGCUCGCCACCCUGGACAAGGUCAUCGCCGAGAGGGAGCUGGUGGACGAUGAUUCCCUCAACGUGGUUUAUUUCGCCGGUGAACCAGGACCACCCUCCUGCCGCAAGGCCUGGACCGUGGAAUAUGGGCCAGAAGACAAAGACAAGCUCCGUGUUGGACCCUCCAUCCGAGCCGUCCCUCGGGCUACAUCCAAAAAGGCGGCGCGAGAUGUCCUUGACGAGCUCUGCCGAUGGGGUCUUCACACCUCCGAAGCCACAAGCAUGGUGGUGGAAGGGUUCGCCGACUUGCUGCACAUAUCCAAGGACAAGUUUACUGCUGAGAACUUGGCUCGGAUUGACCCGAACGCCAACGUUGACACGUAUACACAUUCUUUCAACGCCAACGCCCCUGAAGCCAAUCUCGAGAAUGGCCAGACAUCCUGGCGCUUCACCAGUGGUCCAGUCACGCCCAUGCCGCUCAAGGAGUAUGCUCGCUACCAGCGAACAUUCCGUCCAAAACCUGACGCUGAUGGCACCGUGGAGGUCAAGUUUGCGACAAACCUCGAUCUGCAGGGUGGAUUGAUGUGGGAUAACCUGCUGAAUGAGCUCCACCAACGCCUUCCCGAGUCCUUGCUCUGGGACGGUCCCGAAUCAUUGCUGUCCAUGUUGGACCAUCCCGUGCCGGGUCUCUCAACUGUGCAAUGCCUUUUCUCGGUAGAGGGCUGUCGCAAGCCGGGACACCAGGAAAACAAUUGCUUGGCCGUUGUCAACCUGAACCUUGAUGGGCAUCACGAGCCUGAAAUUCAGCGAAUGUGCCAGCAGCGAAAGCUGGAGGCGUGGUGGCCCGACGUGGACGAGCUUUUGGCUGCAGGCAUCUCUGUACAGCGUUUUGAGCAGCCACCAGGUGCCCUCGUGCUCACCAACCCAGCCUGCAUAACGUGGACGCAAAGCUCGGGGCGCAGUCACGCCGUGACCUGGAACCUGGCCAUUCCAACAGCCCACCAGCUGCGCCAGGCUUGGGAGGCCUACGACCGCCACAGCAAACAAAAUUCUCUGUCCAUCGUCCCCAUGAAGCAGCUGUUGUUCACAAUGACCUCGACGUAUGCCAAAUUCGCACCGGGCCUCCAGCAAGCCUUGCAAGAUUGCUGGCGGGAAGCGCUCAACGACGAGGUGGAGGUUUGCCGACAAGGCGUGCGUGGCCGAGCGUUGCGCUGCCAGUUUUUUAGUGUGCCCACUGAGCAGGCUGCACUUCACUGCGUCUCAUGCAAUGCGGAACUUUUCAACUUUCUGUUCCUCAAGCCUUACCACGACCGACAUCGCACCCUUUGCUGGCGCUGUCGCAACAAGGCAGCACGCCGUGGUGCGCACGGUGAUCAUUGGCUACGUCUGGUGUACUUUCGCCAUGACCCAGAGGUCUUCAACGAAAGGAUCAAGGCGUGGUAAACAGCUGACAAAGCUCCACCCAGUUUCUCAACCAAAAGCUCAUCGCUUCGUGUUGACGGCUGUCACUCUUGGACCCUAUCCCAUCCUCGUCGACCCGCCAUGUCCCUGCGCUUACCGUUGACCUUCUGUCAGCACUGAGAGAAUAACUUGUCGCGUUUUGAUCAAGUAAGCGGCGCUGGACAGAGACGACGCUCUGGCUGGCACCGAGCCAACAGACGCUUCUCUCUGCCAUGCUUUGCCAUUGCGCAUACUGCGUGGCGAGUUGGCGGGACACAUUUUUCACGCAUCCUGGUUCAACUUUUGUUCUUCAUCAAUUUGAAUUCUGUCAU